GCCCCGCGGCCCCAGCUCGGCCCCGCGCACCCAGCCAUGGCGGAGGUGGGGGGAGUCUUCGCCUCCUUGGACUGGGACCUGCACGGCUUCUCUUCGUCUCUGGGGAACGUGCCCUUAGCUGACUCCCCGGGUUUCCUGAACGAGCGCCUAGGCCAGAUCGAGGGGAAGCUGCAGCGCGGCUCGCCCACAGACUUCGCCCACCUGAAGGGGAUCCUGCGGCGCCGCCAGCUGUACUGCCGCACCGGCUUCCACUUGGAGAUCUUCCCCAACGGCACUGUGCAUGGCACCCGCCACGACCACAGCCGUUUCGGAAUCCUAGAGUUCAUCAGCCUGGCUGUGGGGUUGAUCAGCAUCCGGGGAGUGGAUUCUGGCCUAUACUUAGGAAUGAACGAGCGAGGAGAACUAUAUGGGUCGAAAAAACUCACACGUGAAUGUGUUUUCCGGGAACAGUUUGAAGAAAAUUGGUACAACACCUAUGCUUCAACCUUGUACAAACACUUGGACUCGGAGAGACAGUAUUAUGUGGCCUUGAAUAAAGACGGCUCACCCCGGGAGGGAUACAGGACUAAACGACACCAGAAAUUCACUCAUUUUUUGCCCAGGCCAGUAGAUCCUUCUAAGUUGCCUUCCAUGUCCAGAGACCUCUUCUGCUAUAGGUAAUGGACCCCUAGUGUGACCUCUGUGACCCCUAGGGCCACAGUUGUCUCUGCAAGCACUAUACUCAUAGCUUUUCAGUCUUCUUUCCUAUAAAUUUAGAUAACAGAGAAGCACUUAAUGUUCAACUCAACCCAGCUGUUCCCUUGUUCAAAGUGUAUAUCAAAGUUGGGUUAUUUGGGAGAGGGAUGUGGGAGGAUGGGUGGGCUACAGGGAAUCUUGUAUAUACUUAUUUCUUUACUCAUGUUCUUUCCCCCAAGGUGGCACGAGAAAGAAUGGGGGCCCCUGCCAUGGGCCAGGGGUAUCUUGCCCCACAAUCCACCCAAAUACUUUGACAAUGGGUAAAUGAAAGACCAAGGAAUCUGUCAUAGAUGCUACAUACAGAGCUUUAGGAAAGUCUCAUUAAAAUCCUUGGGGCUAUGGCCCUGUUGCAGGUCAUCCCUGCACUUGCUAUGGAGAUUUAUCAUCUGUCCCGACAUGCAGGUUUCCUGCCAUUGGAACUAGGAGAUGGGGUAGAUUGUGAGAAAAUGAUAUUAAAAUGUAAGCAUGGAUACUGUGCAUAAGGACAAACUAUUUAUGAAAUGUACAUGCUAUUUAUUUUAUAUAUUUAUUUAUUUCAAAAUAAUUUUAUUUUUAAUGAGAGAUGCUAUGACUGGAUUUUCAUCAGAAAGAAUAAGGUCCUACUGAAACAGGAUAAAUGAGUUAUU